AUGCCUCCUCCAAGAAGAAAGAAAUGGACAGAGGCAGAAGAACGAACCCUAAUCGAUAAGUACGGAGAAAUGGUUUCCGAUGGAAGCUUAUCCAAAAUGAAAACCCGAGAAAAGAAAUACAAACCGAUUGCUGUACACGUGAAUUCCCUUCAUCAUCUUUCUGAUCCGAUUGCGUAUCCAUGGGAAUGGAGUUGGAAAGACGUCUCAAAUAAAGUCCAGAACAUGAGACACCAGUAUUCCCUCGUGAAGCAGAAGAUUAAACGGCCGGAUUCCGGCGAUCUAGUGGUGAGCGGCGGCGAGGGUUUUGAUUGGGUCGAAGGUUUGACUCAUUGGUCAAAUUUCCUGCGAUACAAAGAGAUUUUCGGCGACAUUUCGCUUCCAUUUGAUGGAAACAACGGAUUUGAUGAGAGUAAUCAGGAAAUGGAGAUUGUUGAGUUUGGGAACAUUGGAAUUGAGCCUAAUGGGGUACUGGCUUUGGAAUACUACGAAGAAGAAAAUUACAACGAUAACAACGACAAUGGCAAUGGCAAUGGCAAUGGGAAUGGGAAUCAUGAUUACGGAGGAAUUGAGAGGAAUGGGAAUAAGAAGCGAAAAGUUAAAAAUCUUGAGAAGAAGGCAUGGGGGUUUGUAGCAAACCAAUUGGCACAACUCCGGGAAAUGGAAGCUCGAUUUGAGCAACGUGAGGAGGAAAGAGAGCGAGAGCGGAAUCGGAAAGAGUUAUUCCGGCGGAAACAAUACGAAGAAAGGAGGAAACAACGGAAUCAAGAAUGGGAAGCGAUGGAGAAGGAGAGGGAAGAGAGGAGGAGACGGAGAGACGAGGAGGUGGCACGGGAAAGGGAAUGGGAAGAGAGGGGAAUCAGGAGAAGGUCGGAAUGGAAUCGGAGAAUCGAUGAGAUGUUGAGUCAACAUAGAGUGGAAAUGGCACAAAUUCAUGGAAGGAUUCUUGAGGAACAACAAAAUGUUACAAGUCAAUUACUUGGGAUUGUUUCACAAUGGAAUGGUUCGGAUAAUACGAGUGCUAGUAAUCAUUAUUUGUCACAAAUGAUGCAAAAUUUGCAACAUGUUGGAGGCAUGGUUGAUGGUGAUGAUGCUAGAGUUGAAGGACAUAAUCAAGAUGAUCAAUUUAUUGUUGAUGGAUGA